AUGCAUGAUUAGAUUGGAUUGGAUAGAAAUAUCUUGGAAAGUAAAUUAAACUUUAUUGGAUUAUUUACUUUGAAAAACAAUUUAAAAGAUGAUACAUCCUAGAUUAUUGAAAAGUUAUUAGAAUCAAACUUAGAUAUAAAAAUAAUUUCAGGAGAUAAUCCUUUGACAACAGUACACUGCGCUUUUGAAUCAAAUUUGAUUAAGAAUAAAUUAAUACUCUUAUAUUAGGUUAUGAUGAAAAAAAGAGUUGCUCUUAUUAUAAGAUCUAAAUUAAAAAUUUUAAACCAAAACAUAGUUAGACUAGAAAUUAGGUUGGAAUUAAUUUUAAAUAGAAAUAGCGAUUUUGCCAUAACAGGUAAUUUAUGGGGAUAUCUGUUAUCAAAUAAAGUAAGUGAUAUUUCCUUGAAUUAUAGUAUUGAUUAAUAAUAUUACAAAUAAUUGAGAUAAACAGAUGACAUUGAUAUCAAAUUAAUUACAUGUUUAAAAAAUUUGGUUAAAAAGACAAAAAUCCUUACAAGAAUGAAACUUCAUUAAAAAAAAGAAAUUGUAUAAUAUUUGUAGAACCAACUAAAUAAAAAUGUAAUGAUGGUCGGAGAUGGUGCUUUAAUAUAGUCAGCAAUAGUUGAAGCUUUAGUGGGUGUACAUCACCUUUUAGUUAUAAAAAGGAUUCAAUUUGAAUGCAUUAAAUUUAUCUUACUCUAAGGAAGGGCCACUCUAAGUAUUAUUAUAGAAAUAUUCCAUUACUACAUAUUGGUUAGUGUUCUUAAAUUCACAGGAACAGCACUUUUAUAAUUUUAAGAGAUGAACUUUGGCGAUUUUUAAUAUAACAACAUGAACUACCUGUCAAGUAUUCCAGUGUUAAUUUUAUUGACUCUAUCUUAACGAGAAAAUCAAUUAACUGAUGCAAUUCCUAAUGAUAACAUCUUUUAAAUAAAUAAUUAAUUGUAGUUUUAUAAUAUCUUUGUCCUGACUUCAUUAAGUUGCUUAAUCAUAUUCUUUAUUGUAGCUGAUAAUUCUGAAGCUCCACCUUACCAAACCAUUUUAAAUCCUAUUUUUAAAAAGGUCCACUGA